AUGGUGACUAGAGAACACUCAGUACAGCUAUGCACGGUGAUGAAUGCUUACAUACUUACACACCCUCUCCCCCCCUCCCGCCAUCCCUCCCUCCCUCCUUCCCUCCCUCCCUCCCCCACCCGCCCCCCUCUGUGUGUGGUAUGUCGUCAUGUGAGGCUGACAGCAGGCCCGGCACCCGUCGCUCGUCUGUGGUCGUCGUCGUCAUCAUCCUCCGGUAGCUCUGUGUACUCCUCUAUCGGCCCCUGUGAUGGUGUCCCAUUACGCGCCUGCACCUGCAUCUGCUGUGAUUGUGUCUGUGGGGGCGGCAGGGAUGCUCGCGCGUUGGUCCUCUUCUGUUGCUGUUGCUGUUGGUGCCGCUGCUGGUCCGGCGGGAGGGCGGGUGGUGUGGGUGGUGGCUUGAUGGUGCCGAAGAGCUGCAUCGUGGCCUUGAAUAUCUUCUGGCUGCCCCUUAUGGCCGGCAGCUGCAACCCCAGGAUGAGAAACAGCUUCACGCGGUACUUGAGGGGCAGCCGCCAUGACGACUCGAACAGCCCGUCGAUGAGCGCAUAUGCCACCCAGUACUCCAGCCACCGUGUUUGGGCGCUGUACGUCUGCCCCUCUAGGAUGGACAGGGUGCGGUAGAUGGGGUACAGGGUGCCCAGGAUGAGGCAGCCGUAGUAGAUGAGUGGGUAGACCGUCCAGAAGAAGAUGAAGGCCAGGAAGAGCUGCACCCACCCCGUGCGGACCACCUCGACCGCCCAGCUGAUCUGCAGCGGCACCAGCAUCCGCAGACCCGACGCCAUGAAGUCGCCCACAUUGUCAAACAACACCUCAGCAGGGCUCGGCCCGCCCCCGCCCGACCCGCCCCUUAUCCGUACAAACGUGUCAAUGGUCAGGGUGAGCGCCUUGGCGAUCGACCGCAGCAGCAGGUGGUCGUUGAAGAGCACCGAUAUCAGCAGCACCAGAUGGAAGACGAUCUCCACGUCCUGCCACACCGUCAUGCGGUCCACCAGACGCCCCACAAAGGGAAUCGUCUCCACCAGCAAUAUCGACCGGGAUACCGCCCAAAACACCAGCGCAUAGUAGAUGUCCCGAGAGCUGGGCGCCGUGGCGGGGGCAGUGGAUGUUGCUGCCUUGUUGAGCCUGGCAGGCGUGCUCAUGCGGCCUCUCAGGAUGCCCAGCGGCGAUGACUGUGGUGAUCUCUGAGGGGCUGGAGUGGUUGGGGCCGGGGGCGCUCUCAGGAGCGCCUGUGUCGACAGCACGGCCGGCAUAAGCACUGUGGCGAGCAGCGAUGCGGCCGGGCGGAUGUAGACGAGUGAUUGUGGCGGCAGACCGAACCGCAGCAGCAUCCAGAACAGCAGGCAGGUGAUAUAGGGCGCCAUAGUGAUGAGCAGGUGCAGCAGCCGCUGGACGAAGCCCCGCCGCCAGCAGUAGAAGAAGACGGCCGUCACGCCCAUCGCGAGAAAGGUCAUGUUGCGCGUGCGCGGGUCCAUCUCCCUGAAGGUGAGGACGAUUCGCGUGACGAGCGGCUGUAUGUAGGGGUACACCCAUCUGGCGAAGUAGAAGACCACCUUAAGCAGCGACAGCAGUGCCGUCCAGAUGGCGGCGAGCGCCUCGGCGCCCUCUCUGAAGGCCACUUGUAUGUUGAACCACAGCUCGUGGACGGCAUCUUGGAAUAGCAGCGGUGUGAAGCCCGCGUCAUCCGGGAAGGGGAAGAAGGACACGGUGUCGACGAGAGGGAUAUCGGCGUCCUUGUGCAUCAGCCCGCCUGCGUUCAAGUCGUCCAUGUCGGGAGCCUCAGGCGCAGCAGCAUCGGAAGAAGGGAAGUCGGUUGUGAAAGCCUCCUCCAUGGUAAGGUGUAGAUGUCGGCCUAUGGCGUUGUUGACUUUGCUUUCCUUUCG